AUGUCAUAUAGACCAAAUGUACAAGCUCAACCGAGUCAAUCAUGCAUACAACACGGAUACAGCAGCGAACUGCCAAACCACUUGGGAAAACAAUUAUCUCAGUCUCAUAUACUGAACUCAAAUCCCGCGGCAAUGAAACAACCACUGUCAACAAUGCCACAAUCGCAAAUGCCAAAUCCUAAAAAGAAGUCAGCUCGUGAUUACCAGUUUGGAGCAAUGAUUGGAGAAGGUUCAUAUUCGACAGUGUACUCUGCAAUGGAUAAGCAACUGAAGAAAACUUAUGCCAUCAAAGUAUUGUCCAAAAGACACAUUGUUAAAGAGGGUAAAAUCAAGUAUGUGAAUAUCGAGAAAACUACACUUCACAGAUUGGGCCAGCAACAUCCCGGAAUUGUACAAUUAUACUACACGUUUCAGGACGAAUCAAGUUUAUUUUUCGUGUUGGAUUUUGCAGAGUAUGGAGAGCUUUUAUCAAUAAUAAGAAAACUAGGAUCUUUGUCUGAACCUGUGUCCAAGUUUUACAUGUGUCAGAUUAUUGAUGCAGUCAAAUUUAUUCAUCUGAAAGGAGUCAUACACAGAGAUCUCAAGCCUGAAAACAUUUUAGUGGGGCAUGACUUUAAUUUAAAAAUUACUGAUUUUGGAGCCGCCAAAUUGUUAGGGGAGAACGAGGAGGACGAAGAGAAGGUAGAUUACAGGUCCUUCAACUCAGAGGUUGAGACACCAGCCCAAACAUCUCGGGAAAGAUUCGGCUCCUUUGUCGGAACUGCGGAGUAUGUGUCUCCAGAAUUAUUAAAAGACAACAUAUGUGGAUUUGAGUCUGAUAUUUGGGCAAUAGGCUGCAUUCUUUAUCAAUUUUUCAAUGGCUCACCUCCAUUCAAAGGCAACACUGAAUAUUUGACAUUUCAAAAAAUUAUCGAUCUUGAUUAUUCAUAUAAGUCACCGAAACUGAUUUCUAAGGAGGUUACUGAAAUAAUAGAGAAAAUCUUGGUACUGAAUCCUUCAGCUAGACCCACUAUUCCUGAUAUCAUGUCCUUCAAGUGGUUCAGUGAAGUUGACUGGAACGACCCCCGGUAUAUAUGGCACAGAAAAGUACCAAAGCUUGAAAGCCAUAGCGGCACAGAAAGCUUAUCUCAAUCGAUAAUGCCAAGAAUCAAGAAUGGUGCUAACAGAGAGAUGAAUAAAUCCAGUUCUUAUCACCAAUUACAAUCUCAAAUUAAUAGAUCUGAUCUCGGUUUCUUGCCAACGUUUGGAGCGAAGAAAAGUUUCAAACCCCCCACAGGCAUACGAAAGAAUACUUCACAAAAUUCCAAUGGCGAGCUAGCCCCUCAGUAUUUACCAAAUGUUCUGCCACAAAAAAGACGUGAUGCUCAACAUGCAGCGCCUCUUACGCAGGUGAAUCAACCUGUUUUUAAAGGACCUACCAAUAGCAUACGUCCACCAAUUGUAUCACCACCGCAGCAACCAGUACCUAGUCAAUAUUCAACUCGACCUCCUCAAAAUCAGCUGCCGCAACCCAAAGCUCAUGUUCAGGGAAAGCCAAAUAUCAGAGCCAAUACGGCUUUUCAAAAUAUGCAACCGGCUACUAUAACAACUACUGUCCCAGAGGCAUCCUCUCAGUCACCAAAAUCGAAUUCAACUAGCAAACCGAAUGCACCAGGUAUCACAGAAAGACUCACUCCAUAUGCUCCCGAGAUCCCCAAAACAUCUCCUGAUGCUGCUGCUGCUGCUGCUGCAUUUGCAAAACGAAACAAUACACAGACCAAACCAAUCACUACACAAAAAGCUAACCCACCUCCAGAAAAGCCCAAGUCUGCCAAUAAACCUAAUCAAAAACAAACGGUGCUCAAGUUACAUGAAGUGUCUAGUUUACUUGCACCUAACGAGAAAAUUCUCAAAAUGGAUCUUUUAAAGAGAAUGCGGCUUCGAAAAUCAUCCUUGUCAUUAAGCUACGACACUCUUGACGAUGCCGUGUUGGAGAGGAUUGUCACCGAACAUGCGCACCACUUACAAGAAGGUUCUAAAUUGGUCCUCACUUUUGUCACCAACAUGGCUAGAAUAUUCCUUGUCGAUUCAACUUUAGAAGUUAUGUUAGUAGACUUGAAAGCUAAUAAUGGCGGUGAUUAUUUUAUGUACGAUUAUGAAUUUGAAAAUGAUGAGGAAGGGUUAAAUGAUGAUCAUUUGGGUUAUUUGAUCAUCGAAGUUGUUAAGGAAAAUGGAGACUUAUAUUUUCUUCAACAACUUGCCAACAAGAAUCUGGAGCCGGAAAUCGUCAGGGUACUAGACAAGGCUGGUCAUGACGCGUCUAUUGGAAAAGAGCACGGCUGGAUUGAUUGUUUAUUAAUUGCACGAGAAACCUCCACAGCUUCCCCUGUGGAACCCAUGGCCAUAAGUGACGCAACUACACUGGAGACUAAGACUAAUGGGGUACCUGCGUCCGCAACUAUGGCCAUCAAUGGAGCAUCUUCACGCCCGGCAGCGAAAAAGACGAACGAUAUUAAGAGUAAAAAAGGUAGUGGAAAAAAGCCUAAGAAAAAGGAAAUCAAACGUAAAGUGUCUAGUCUGCCAUCAUUGCAGUCAACACCAUCCACCAAUCAAGCCACUAACUUUGCUCGCGCAGCAGCGGCUGCCGUUCGUCAAAAGUAA